CCAACGUUAGCUUUAAACAGCUGUUUGAAUGAUGCAAGCCUUCCGUGUGUACGUGCAUUUAUCAAGGUUUUAUUGCUGUAUUUAGUGUAAGUCAUAAUGGCCGGGGACGCAUCAAAGAUAUUACAGGUAGCUGUGAUUGGAGCCGGGGCAGCCGGACUGUGCGCCGCAAGACAUUUAGCGAGUAAACCACAUCUCUUUCAACCGCAUGUAUUUGAAAAAGAAGAGCAAGUCGGCGGUACAUGGAUUUACACUGAAGAUGUAGAAAAAAAUAAAUAUGGAUUCACUGUCCAUUCCAGUAUGUACAAGAAUCUGAAAACCAACUUACCAAAGGAAGUGAUGGCAUUUCCUGAUUUUCCCUUUGACAAGACACUCCCAUCAUUUCUCACCCACCAACAAGUUCUGCAAUACUUGAAAGAUUAUGCACAACAUUUUGAUCUCAACAAAUUCAUUAAGUUCAAAACGUGCGUUGACCAUAUCAAACCAGUUAUUACUAGUUCUAAAGAAAACCAAGUAAUAUGGGAUGUUGGUUUCCGUGGCAUUGAACAGUCUAGUGAUGAUAUUGAGACUCAACAGUUUGAUGCAGUCAUUGUUUGCAAUGGACACUACGCUGAACCCCAAAUUCCAAACAUCCAAGGAAUGAGUAGUUUCCAUGGCAACAUUGUACACAGUCAUCACUACCGGCAUCCAGAAGAUUACAAAGACAAGAACAUUGUAUUACUUGGAGCUGGUGCAUCAGGAAUUGAUGUGGCACUUGAUAUUGCGCCUUGUGCAAGGCGAGUGAUUUUAAGCCACAACAAGAAUCCGCUAGUUUCUGCUCUACCAGAAAAUAUGAGCCAAGCACCGGGAAUAAAAUACUUAAAAGAUAACAAAGUUAUUUUUAAAAAUGAUCAAGAAGAAGAAAUUGAUGUCUUAAUGCUUUGUACUGGUUACAAAUAUUCUUUUCCCUUUUUAUCCCCCGAGUGUAAUGUACAAGUGAUUGACUCUCGAGUGACAUCACUAUACAAACAUGCAAUACACACACAGUUUCCAUAUCUGUCUUUUAUAGGAAUAUGUAGUGUGAUAUGUCCAUUUCCACAAUUUGAUUGUCAGGCCUUAUUCAUAAUGUCUAUUCUAGACGGCUCACAGCAACUACCAAGUCGUCAUGAGAUGGAAAAAGAUAUAGAAAAAGAUUACAAUUGGAGACUGAAUGAUUUGCAGUUUCCAAAUCGCUACGCUCAUCGUAUGUCAAACAUGCAGUGGGACUAUAAUGACCAACUUUGCAUGAUGGCCAAGGUGAAACCAAUAUCUAGGGUGGUGCCAUCAAUAUAUGAUGCUGUACAUCACCACAGAGUUAAUCAUCUAAUGGGUUACAAAACUGACGAGUAUGAAAUAACAGGACCUGAUACAUGGAGAAAGAUUGAACCAAAUAAGUAA